ACCCCUCGAAAAAGGACAACUAAUAACACGUUCCCUUCCUUGUUUGUCAUCUCAUAUAAAUCAGCAUCUCUUUCUGCACAGCUUAACUUUCUUGAUUUCUUUAACCCGAAAAGAAAAAUGGCAGUCAACACUCUCCUUCUCUCUUUCCUCUUCUUCCUAGCCUUCUCCACCGUCUCCGUUUCUGGUCAAGAUUGCGUGUAUAAUGUAUACAUAAGAACCGGAUCGAUAAUAAAAGGAGGAACAGACUCUAUCAUAAGCGUCAGAUUCUACGACGCAUACGGCGAGUAUGUAGAGAUCCCGAAUCUGGAGACAUGGGGAGGUCUUAUGGGCCCAAAUUACAACUACUUCGAGCGAGGAAAUCUCGACAUUUUCAGUGGUAGAGCACCAUGCUUGAGCGCUCCAGUCUGCGCCAUGAACCUCACUUCUGACGGAACCGGACCUAAUCACGGAUGGUACUGUAACUACGUUGAGGUCAGCACUUCUGGUGUACAUGCCACUUGCUCCCAGCAGCAGUUCACGGUCGAGCAGUGGCUUGCCACCGACGCGCCGCCAUAUGAAUUAACUGCUAUCCGAAAUUAUUGUCCGUCUGAUGAUAAGAUCAAAAGCUUUGAUCGGAUUAAUAAGUCUUCUGCUGCUGCUGCCGCCAUGUGAUUGUGAGUCUAUUUUUCGUUUAAUUUGGAAAAUGUAUUUUUGGUGUGUGUGAACUGUUGUUAUGCUGUCAAUGAAUAAUGAUGAAUUUUCCUAAUAAUAAUAGUGAUAUUUAUGAGCCGUUUAUACGCCCCUUCAAAUUGGGGAACAA